UACUGAACUUUUUAUGAAAACGUUCGUCGUUUUUUCGCUCGCGAGUGCUCCGUUCAGAAUGCAAAUUUAACACGUUAAAAAUGAUUUUCGGCCAAAUUUCGGUGUCAUUUUACGCUAUUUUGCAGAUAUUGUUAAGCCUGACUCACACUAAUGGAUUCCACUGCAAAAUUGAUGAUCGUUACUUAAGUGAAGUAUAUUUCCUUCGUAAAAUGUGCAAUGAGAGUGUUUCUCCCUGGCACAAUAUCACCAAUUUUUUUCCAAUAACUAGAACAAAUGGAACCGCAUGGCUGGGAUUUUACGUACAGGGUAAUCAAGACGCUCGAGUAUUACUUUCGGCAGAACCAAAAUUGAGAAAAGCAAACGAGCCAGAAAAAGUUUACGAGAUAGUUUUAGGAGGUUGCAACAAUACGUGUGCAACAAUUCGACGAACCAGGUUGAACGGAAAUAAAACUCAUUUUAAUGAGAAAGGCAUCAUAUCGCCAAAUGAAUGGCGCGAAUUCUGGAUUAUUAUAGAUUCGGACGGAUCGAUUCACGUCGCAAGAAGUUCAACCGAAGAAGUUUUCAUGUCUUGGAAAGAACCCAGUCCGUUUGAAAUCAAUUAUUACGCUUUUUCCAGCUCUUCGCAGAACGAGCACAUAGAUUGGAUGCAUGAUUGCAACAAUGAUACUAAGGAUCCACGUCAAUUUUUUUAUGAAGAAGAUCUUAUAUGUCAUCUGUUUCAAACUUAUGAUCAUACUCGACCAACAUGGAUCAAGGCAAACAAUACGAAAAUUGCAGUUUCUUGUUGGUAUGUGAAUUUGGAUACUAUGAAUGAUAUUUUCGAAUUACGCGGAAUGAUAAAUUACACAUGGAAAGAUGAACGACUGACUUGGAAACCAAAGGACUAUGGUGAUCACUAUUUCAUAAAUGUUACAAAUAAUAAUUUGAUAUGGAAAUUGAAAUUACAAUUAACGAAUCAAGUUUUCGCUUACGAGGAAUUCAUAGAGCCAGGAAAUACAACAUUAUCAAGUGAUGGAACAAUAACACAUAUCGCACCUUUAAAUAUACGAUCACGAAUAAAAUGUACCGCCAGUUCAAGUUCACAGCUCUCGGAUAUCUACGAUUGCAAACUUAACUUCAAAAUGAAUAUCUUUCGUGCCAAUAUCAGUUUUUCCCACAAUAAUUACUCAGAUGUAAUAUCACCAUGGAUCAUUACAAAAACUCCCCCUACAAUAAUACGUUUCUCGGAAAAAAACGAAACAGAAUUAUUGAAAAAAUCCAUACAAAUCGACCUGACAUUAAAAAGGAGUAUUUCUCAGCCCAAAUCUUGUAGUGAAUUUGCAAGCAACUCAUCAGAGAAACUCAGAUGUCAAUUGUUUUCAAACUACUCGUACAAAACAUCAAACAUGGCAUCUCAAGAUCUUUUUCAAACACUCAACUUGACUAUUUUUUACGCUGACAUAGAUGUUUCAGGACUGUUCCAGAUGAUUGGAGAAGUAAACGUGACUUGGGAGGAUCAUCAAUUGACCUGGGAACCGAGCAAAUAUAACAAUACAUAUACUUUAGACUUAGACAUGCUUAAUAAUUCGAAUCAAAUAUGGAAACCGGCUUAUGUAUUGGUCAACAAUCUAUUUUACGACAACAAACCUUUACUCAGUUCAGACCAUAUUACUACAGUAACGUAUCAAGGAAAAGUAACACUGUGGACAAAAUCUAUCAGUCUACAGACAAAAUGCCCAGUUCUGAUGAGAAAGAGACCAUGGAAUGAACAAAUUUGCUUGCUUCGUUUUAAAACCAACGUAUCAGAUGCCAAAUUUGACGUUAAACAAGGUGCAAAAACUGGCAUUGAAUCACCAUGGACGGUUCAUGAAAUUAUGACCAGGAUGAAUGGUAGCUUGGAAUCACCCGAUAAUUCUAUAUUGCUUCACGUUCACUUACGCAGAAACAUUGGUUAUUUUAAAUCUACACAAUGCAUCUCGUCUGCAAGCAGCUACGAAGAAGAACUCAAAUGUCACUUAUUAACAAAAGUCCAUCCUAAUAUAUCUUCAGUGCAGGCGUUUGCAUUCGGCCCAGGAGUGGAUAUGAUGAUCUCAUACAUCGAAUUGAAUCUUGAAAAUGGAAUACUCUUGUUGAAAGGGCAACAAACGAUGAUUUGGGAAGACAAACGAAUGGCUUGGGAUCCAGAGAGAUUCGGAGACCAGUUCGUUAUUAAAAUGGAAGAAGAUGCAUUAUGGAAACCGUGUUUAGUACUGGACAACGAGUUGUUUCAAAAAGGCGUAAAUCACGGAUCUUACGAUAAUGAUGAUGUUGUACCAACAUGCAACGUUGGUACGGGUCACUUGGAUGUAUCGUCAAAUGGCGACGUGAUCUGGACAUCGCCAAUGAAUCUAGACACUACAUGCAACAUGGCUUUUAAUAGUUGGCCAUGGGAUCCUCAAACAUGUAGCCUUAAUUUUACAACCAAUACGAUGGAUAUUAAACAUUUACAAGUGAAUUUAUCUCGAACAGAGUUAUCCAUAACUAAAUCAUUAUGGACAAUCACCAAUAUUACCAAAGAAUUUGAUGACAAUUUUAGAAUGAGAUUUGAAAUCACUUUAGAAAUGAACAGUUGCUCGUUGCAGGUCACGUUGUGUUUGAUAUUUAUAGGAGUAAGUUUAGUGAUGCUGCCAUCAUUUUUGAUAUCACCAGUGAGCAGAAUUAAACUGGCAUCGAAAACAUUAUCCUUCUUACUUCUUGUAAUUUUUUUGGUGAUAUUGAUCAAUUCAAUUCCUCAUUUCACCACACGCGCUCCCAACUUCCUGAUUGGACUCGCUGUAUUAUUAUCAACAGUGGGAAUAUCUACCUUCGUCACUGCCUACUUAGUACGACUAGCAAGAGAAUCACAUUCGAGUAAUCCAUCGCUGAACAUGGAAUUUGCAAAUCCAGAAGAAAACAAACGCGAAAAUGGUACCAUGAAAACAGUAGUCAUAAACGCCACUACACGUACUGACAACGAAUACACUGCCGAGGUUCCUGCUUUGAAAAAAUCCCAAAAUCAGUGGCUAAAAAUAGCCGCAGUGAUAGAAUUAUCAUCAUUUGCAAUUUGUUCGAUUGUUGUUGUAUUUCUUAUCGUGAGCUUGAUGAGUUGAAAUAAAAAAUUUUAAAUUUCAA